ACGUUCUAGAUAGAUUCGUACUUCGACACACCUGUUUCAUCUGUUGCGUUCAUAUUUAGUUGCAUACAAUCGAAGGUUUAAAGAGGUUAUCAAAAAGUUAACUGUUAAUAAAAUACAAAAAAGGAAAAUGUAUUCAAAACGCCUUAAGUGUAUUCGUAUUUGGCACAAAUAAUUCUACUAAUAAUUUGACAGUACACUUUAAUAAAUGUUAAAUAAACGAAAAGACAUUUAUCAGAUGUAUGAAACAAUAUUUAAUUAACGAAAUGACUAAUCGGACAAAUAUUCCUUAAAAGAAACAAUGUUAUACCUUCCGUUACCAGGAAGGUAAUAUAUGAGUCUGGAAUAUUUAAAUGAAUGUAUAUUUUCUUAACAACUAUAUUUUAAAUACGCUUGCACAUAAAUAUGGCACAAAUACAAACUUCGAGCGCGGAUGGACUACCAAAGCACUUUGUCACCGCUAUGCGUACACUUUUUGAUAUAAUGGAUGACCAAAAUACAGGGUUUGUAAAAUUUUCUGAUAUUGAAGGCAGAUGGCAAGAUGAUGGAACGCAAGGUCUACCAAAAGGUGUUUUAGACAGCCUUAAAAAAGUCACUCCAUCUAAUGGAUUAUUGUCUUUUGAAAGAUUUUGUACAGGACUCAAGAUAUGUUUGCUACAAAUUCAAACAGAUGGUGACUCUAAAAAACAUGAUGGUCAACCAAAUAGACCACCAUCUGCUCCAAUACUUAUACCUGAUAAUCAAAAUAAAACAACAUGGACAUCUCCAAAUACAGCAACUAUUAGGCCAAAUAAUGCUAUAUCACAGCAACGUACCUUAAGCAUGCCACAGUUAUUAGCUGGUCGAAAAGAUGUUAAUCAUACACACUUAGAAUUAAUGGAUGGUAGAAGUGGUCCUGAAUUGAAGCUAAAUAAGGCAUAUGGGCCUCCUAAACCUCCACGGAUGGGUGCUGCAUUAGAAGCUAGAACUAUUAAUUCGGAAAGAAAUUUUGACAAAUCUGAAAUUCGAACUGUAUUACAAAAUUGGCAGAUGGGUUUGUUAAUGAAUGAUGAUAAAGCUAUAGAAAAAAGACAAUUACCAACGGUAAAUUAUAGAUCUGACACUAGAACAUUAUUAAGACCAACCAGAGUAUUGGGAGAUGGUAAAGCAGUUGAAUUGCAAAAUAAUCAAGUUGGCUUACAGCCUAAGAAACCAUUAAAUAGACGCAGAGAACCUAGGCGUCAUACGUUGCAGAAUGGUAUUGAUUACAAUAUGAUGAAAAGAAUGAAACAGAUUGAACAAGAGAAAGAUGUAUUACUUCAAGGUCUAGCUGCAGUUGAUAAAGCUAGAGAAUGGUAUUUGAAACAAAUAUCUGCUACUCAGGAAAAAAUUAAACACCUUGGGCGUAUGGGAUCUCAUGUGGAACAAUGGACAGAGGCACAGCAAGAACGUUUAGAAUUACAACGUGCUCGUGUCUUAGAAGUCAACAGACACUUAGCUGCACUAAUAAGUAGUUGGGAACGUGGUGGACUUCCUCUUCACAUGAAUCUUGCAUUUCUUAGCACUCCUACAUCGACCCAACUUCAGCAAGAUAUAUUAUCUAGGUUAAAGCAACAGAAUCAUAGACUAACAGAGGAAGUCAGUAAAAAAAGCCAACGGAUAGCAUUACUUGAACAAGAAAAGGACAACUUGGUACGAGAAUUGUAUAAUAGACAAAGUGGUAUAGUUCAAUCUAGAAGAGCGACAAUGAUUCAUGAACAACAUGAUCAAACAUUCAUGUAAGAAUAUAAAUAAACAAGAAGAUUUGCCUUUGAUGAUAUAAUGAAUUACAUGCAAAAUAUCAGAUACACAUAUAUUUAGAAAACUAAUUAAAAUCAUUGUUAUAAACUUUUAUAUCUGUUAUAUGUGUUGAAAUAUUUUAAAUAUCUGCAUAAAACAUGAAAUAUUUGUGUGAAAUAUUCACAGUACUAAUACUCGAAUGUACUUAUACAUUGUAAAUGAAGUCUUAAAAUUUUUAUAAUCCGUCCAAAUCUCAAAAGAGAGAUUAUGUUCUACAUUAAUAAAUUAUUAUUCUAAUUAAUAAA